ACGUACUAUGCUAGACUAGACAACACCCAAAGGCAAAGAGAGGGAGGGAAUCAUCUGCUCACACCAACCGAACUCGCAACCUAAACACCUCCCUCUUCGAUUCACUUCAUCUUCCUCUUCUCUUCUCGUCUCUUGUAGUAGUAUAUAUUUAUAAAGCCCCCAAACAAAAGAGAAGACAACUGAAUUAGUUCGAUCGAUGCAGGCAGGCAGGCCUUCUAGUUCUACAAAGAUGCCUCUAAUGGAUCGUUUUCCUUUCCUAUCGAUGGCUUGAUUGAUACAAAGCCGGUUUUUUCACUCCUCGGGCGUGCGUUUCUUGACACCGGCCGGAUUGAUCUAUCAUCCAUCCAUCGAGUCGAGUCGAGAUCGAUCUUGAUCUCGAUCUCGAUCGAUGGAGGAAGCCAAGAUGGGAGACGUUGCCACCAUCCGAGCCGUUCUGGCGAUCCUCCAAUGGUGGGGCUUCAACGUCACCGUCAUCAUCAUGAACAAAUGGAUCUUCCAGAAAUUGGAGUUCAAGUUCCCUCUUACUGUCUCGUGUGUCCACUUUAUAUGCUCUUCGAUUGGAGCUUACAUCGCAAUCAAAAUUCUCAAGAUGAAACCACUGAUUGAAGUUGCCCCAGAGGAUCGGUGGAGAAGAAUAUUCCCAAUGUCAUUUGUGUUCUGCAUAAACAUUGUACUGGGAAAUGUCAGCCUGAGAUAUAUUCCAGUCUCCUUCAUGCAGACCAUAAAAUCUUUCACCCCUGCAACGACAGUUAUUCUGCAGUGGUUGGUCUGGAGGAAGUAUUUCGAGUGGCGCAUAUGGGCUUCUCUGGUACCAAUAGUGGGAGGAAUCAUGUUAACAUCAAUAACUGAGCUUAGUUUCAACAUGUUUGGUUUUUGUGCUGCUAUGGUUGGUUGCCUGGCAACAUCUACCAAGACCAUCCUUGCAGAGUCUCUACUCCAUGGAUACAAAUUUGAUAGCAUUAACACUGUGUACUACAUGGCGCCAUUUGCAACCAUGAUACUGUCAGUACCAGCGAUUGUGCUGGAAGGGAGUGGCGUCAUCAAUUGGCUCUACACGUAUGAUUCCAUCGUCCCUGCACUGAUCAUCAUCACCACCUCCGGAGUACUCGCAUUUUGCCUCAACUUCUCCAUCUUCUACGUCAUCCAUUCCACAACGGCUGUCACCUUUAACGUAGCCGGCAACCUGAAAGUUGCUGUGGCUGUGUUGGUGUCGUGGAUGAUCUUCCGGAACCCGAUCUCCGCGAUGAACGCUGUCGGGUGCGCAAUCACGCUCGUCGGCUGCACCUUCUAUGGCUAUGUGAGGCAUCUCAUCUCGCAGCAGAGCGUUAAUUCGAGCCCACGCACGCCGAGGAGCCGGAUGGAGAUGCUUCCCCUCGUAGGAGACAAGCAAGAGAAGAUUUAAUUGGCCACCAAAUUAAAACAAGUUGAUACUCAAAAGAGGAGGGAAUUGUUGGUGCAUGAUCAAUAGGAAUAAAGGAGCAUCAUCUAACAGCUUUCAGGAUUAAUCCUGAGGCACUUUUGUCAUAGAAAAUUAUUCAGAGUUUUCAGUUGAGUUGUUCGUAUAGAGCUAAUAGAACUUCCUUCUUGUCAUCUGAACAUGCUGGGGUGCUCCUCAGCUGUAUCUCUCUCUCUCUCUCUCUUUCUAUUCUUUUCUUCCUUUUUCUCACAGGAUUAAAAGAUUUUUGUUUGCUCGUAACUAUGCUACUAUUGCUACACAUUUGAUCACACAGCAUUGUUCAGUUGACUAUAGAUAUUAUUAUUAUGUUAUUGCUCCAUCCAAACUA